UUUGCAUAUCCCACGAUUGUGGCCAAUCAGGGCUCGUCUCUCCCGAAGCGGAUGGUUCUUGCUUGAGAGGAAAGGGAGUGGCUGGCGGCGCAUGCGCCGCGUUGGCCGACUUGAACCGAGGCUUUUAUUGCUGUAGUUUAUUUCCACCCCCUUCCCUCCUGUUCUCUCCCUCUCUUUUUUUUCCGCCCUAGCUGGGGCUGUGUUGGAGGAGAGGAAGAAAGAGAGACAGAGGAUUGCAUUUAUCCCUUACGCUUCUGGAAUUUGCUAUCGGCAAGACUAGCCAAGCUGUUGCACCUUUUUAAAUUCUGCAAAAAAUUCCAAAUCUUUCCUGGCAAUUUUUGAUUUAAAGCUGCCCUCUUGAAAUUAAUUUUUUUCCCAGGAGAGAGAUGUCUUAUCAGGGAAAGAAAAAUAUUCCACGCAUCACGAGUGAUCGUCUUCUGAUCAAAGGAGGUAAAAUUGUUAAUGAUGACCAGUCAUUCUAUGCAGACAUAUACAUGGAAGAUGGGUUGAUCAAGCAAAUAGGAGAAAACCUGAUUGUGCCAGGAGGUGUGAAGACCAUCGAGGCCCAUUCCAGGAUGGUGAUUCCCGGCGGGAUCGACGUCCAUACCCGCUUCCAGAUGCCUGAGCAGGGAAUGACUUCGGCUGAUGACUUCUUUCAAGGCACCAAGGCAGCCCUGGCUGGUGGAACCACCAUGAUCAUUGACCAUGUCGUGCCAGAGCCAGGGACAAGCCUGCUGGCUGCCUUUGACCAGUGGAGGGAAUGGGCCGACAGCAAGUCCUGCUGCGACUACUCUCUGCAUGUGGACAUCACCGAGUGGCACAAGGGCAUCCAAGAGGAGAUGGAGGCCCUGGUGAAGGACCAUGGGGUAAAUUCCUUCCUCGUGUACAUGGCUUUCAAAGAUCGCUUCCAGCUAACAGAUUCCCAGAUCUACGAGGUACUGAGUGUGAUCCGGGAUAUCGGUGCGAUUGCCCAAGUCCAUGCAGAGAACGGUGACAUCAUCGCAGAGGAGCAGCAGCGGAUACUGGACCUGGGCAUCACGGGCCCCGAGGGACACGUGCUGAGCCGGCCCGAGGAGGUCGAGGCUGAAGCAGUGAAUCGUUCUAUUACCAUCGCCAACCAGACCAACUGCCCCCUGUACAUCACCAAGGUGAUGAGCAAGAGUGCAGCUGAAGUCAUCGCCCAGGCCCGGAAAAAGGGAACCGUGGUGUACGGUGAGCCCAUCACCGCCAGCUUGGGAACCGAUGGCUCCCACUACUGGAGCAAGAACUGGGCCAAGGCCGCGGCUUUUGUCACCUCCCCACCCCUGAGCCCCGACCCGACCACCCCGGACUUUCUGAACUCCUUGCUGUCCUGCGGAGACCUGCAGGUGACUGGCAGUGCCCACUGCACUUUCAACACCGCCCAGAAGGCUGUUGGGAAGGACAACUUCACCCUGAUCCCGGAGGGCACCAACGGCACCGAGGAGCGCAUGUCUGUCGUGUGGGAUAAGGCCGUGGUCACUGGGAAGAUGGACGAGAACCAGUUUGUGGCUGUGACCAGCACCAAUGCAGCCAAAGUCUUCAACCUUUAUCCCCGGAAGGGCCGCAUUGCUGUGGGAUCUGAUGCCGACCUGGUCAUCUGGGACCCCGACAGUGUGAAAACCAUCUCCGCCAAGACCCACAACAGCGCUCUCGAGUACAACGUCUUCGAAGGCAUGGAGUGCCGUGGCUCUCCCCUGGUGGUCAUCAGCCAGGGGAAGAUUGUCCUAGAAGACGGCACCCUUCACGUCACCGAAGGCUCUGGGCGCUACAUCCCUCGAAAGCCCUUCCCUGAUUUUGUUUACAAGCGUAUCAAGGCAAGGAGCAGGCUGGCAGAGCUGAGAGGAGUUCCUCGUGGCCUGUACGAUGGGCCUGUGUGUGAGGUGUCUGUGACUCCCAAGACGGUCACCCCAGCCUCGUCCGCCAAGACGUCUCCGGCCAAGCAGCAGGCCCCACCUGUCCGGAACCUGCACCAGUCUGGAUUCAGCUUGUCUGGAGCUCAGAUUGAUGACAACGUUCCCCGUCGUACCACUCAGCGCAUUGUGGCGCCUCCUGGUGGCCGUGCCAACAUCACCAGCCUGGGCUAGAGCUCCAGGGCCUAUUCCACUGGGGUUGGGCGAUGGGACACCUGAGGACAUUCUGAGACUUCCUUCCUUCCUUCCCCCUUUUUUUUUUUUUUUUUAAAGAGCCUGUGAUAGUUACUGUGGGGCAGCCAGUUCACGGGGCUCCCUCCUGGGCCCCACACUCCAUCCCUCACCCAGAGUCACUGAUUUUGCUCACCCACUUCCCUGCGCAUCUACAAAUGUCACACCAAGUCUCUCCAUCAACCCCAUCCAUGAGACCAUAUCCAACAUUCAGACAUGCAAAACAGAGCAAAUCACCCCGAGGGUGUGUUCCACCUCAUCCUUCAUUGUACCUGUCAUCUUCCUUUUCAUUUCGAGGGAAGAUAAAGUGAAAUGCCCAGAGCUGCCUAUUUCUUUUUAAAUUUCAAAAAACAAAAACACUUUCUUUGUGGGGGUGGGUGGGGGAGGGAGGAGGUUUCUUUUUUUUUAAAUACUAAAUUGGAAAGCCUAAUCCAAUGUUAAUGCAAGGGGAUUGAACUGGACGUCCUAAUGAUGCAAUUACACAGCCACCAAGCUGAUUCAGGAUGGUCGGCCAACUCACUGUGUCCCUCCUGGGAGGUUCCAGAGUGUCCAUGCCACCAACUAUAGUCUUCUGGGUCAGCUGGUGAUAAAGGGCAGGUGUUCUUUUUGGCCUCAAUUUUGCUGCAGAUUAAAUCUUUGGAGGAUGCUCUUUUCCUCGCUUCUCUCUCUCUCUCUCUCUCUCUGUCUCUCUCUCUCUCUCUCUCUCUCUCUCUCUAGCUUUUAGUUUAUUUCACGACUAUCUCUUUGUGUUCCUCUGGCCCUUGUCUCUGAGAUAACUGUUUUCUCUCCUUUUCCCACUGCCUUUCAAAUAACCAGGUCUACCCGUCCACUGUGGUUACAGAACCUCCCUGGGAGGAUGUGAGCUUUGUCACCACAACUGUAGUAAUCUGCUGUCCUUGUCCCGGUGAGACUGGUGCUCCCCCCACCAUUACAAGGAUAUGCAUGUGAGUUUAAGCCACCGCCCAGUUGCAGGGAAGGCUAAGGUGCCCACCCCACUCUCCCAUGUGGGCCCAGAAAGACCCUGAUUCAGUGCCGAGAUGUGGCAGGAAUCUGAGACUACAGAAUGUGAGAGUUCUUCCUUUGAGCAGUGCUAACUGGUCAGACACAUUCAAACCUGGAGAUUGAGCCCCAAAGCCCAAGUGAGCCCACCAGCCCUUGAGGCCAGCUGCCAGCUCAGAAUUCUUGAGCUAGUGGGAUUCUGGUGUCAAGAACCUGUUUGCUGGCUUAAGUAUCUGUUGGGGCUCCAGAACAUACUGGGGCUUCUCACUUUGGCGGAGGGGUGGGGGUGUUGUCCCAUUAUUUUGAAAGACAUCACACAAUAUAGGGAGGGCUUUUAAACUCAGAAAAUUCUUGGGUUAUUGGACUUGAAGUCCAUUUUGCUUUGCAAGAAGAAACAUCUGUUUAGUGAACGAUAUGUCACAUCAGAGCUGUUGUCGAGAGAAAACCUUGCAAAUCCAACAUGGGCCCCUUAGAGACCGAAGGUGAUCUGUGUCUUCAUCGUCCCCUCCUUGUCUCAGUGACCCUCUCCACGAGCUGCCUUUGUGAUUGUCCCUGUCUUUGCUGAUCUGUGUUGCAUUUCCUUCAGGCGUGUUUACAGGUUCUCCUGAGCAGUGUUCUGUCUGCAGGCUUUUAUGAAACCAAAUCUGCUUUCAUAACGUGCAACACAAAAAAGCAGGCCAUCCUGUCAUUCCACUUGUCUCUCCACACAUUUUGCCUUUGGGGUUAGGGUUUGGGUUUAUUUUUUGUUGUUGUUUAUUUGUUAUCUGAGAAAGAAAUUGCACUUGUAAAGAAUAAUUGGUUAACUUAAUAUAUUUGCUUUUUUUUUCACCUGCACUUAAAAGAAAUUUGAACCAGUUGGAAAAAAAUUUUUUUUGUUUCAAUUCUAAGAAACACUCGCAGCUCUUCAGUGUUCACUUGAGUCUUCCUGCUUUUCCUGUGCCAGGUCAUGGUCAUUUCGGUUACUUGGAUUGUUUUCUUAAAACGACCUACAAGCUGAAGAUCUCCGCAGGCUGUGUAAGCAUGUUUCCCUGUUGGCUUGCUUUGUGUGUCUGUUCAACGAAUGUCAUACGUAAACGCUAAACUAAAUUGACAGUGCUCAGAACUGAAUAACUGCAGUGACUUGAUGCUCUAAAACCAUGUAGGCUUUAAUAAUAGAUGGUUCUAACCCCUGGGAUUGUGAUUGUGACCCGUGAGUGGAGGAGCUCUCGUUGCUAAGGCCGACUCAUCAUCGUGUGUGUAGCCAGAAGAGUACCUUUGUUUUGUAACCACUGUCUUAAUGGCAAAAUAAUGAUGGUUAAAAAAAAAAAAAGAAAAACCAAGUCUUGUGUUUAUUAUUCCUUAAGAACGCUGUGUUAUAUUACCAUGGAACGCCUAAUAAAGCAAAAUGUGGUUGUUUCA